CAACAGGACAUAAGCUGUCUAUUCGACAUGUCCAACAAUUGCUUUGAACUAUAACUCACAUAGUCAAGAUGAAAUUUCACGUCGCUAUUUUGAUAGUUUUUUCCGCAGUUGGACUACAAGCAUUAAGAGAAAACGUGGCUCUUAAUAAAAUUGCAAAACAAAGUUCAACAUAUAACUACAGGGUAUAUUUUUGGCCAGCGACCCUCGCAGUUGAUGGUAAUAGGAACCAAUAUCCAUAUAAUAUGGCUGUGGGACAAUGUGCACACACAUUGAUGAAUAAGGCAAUAAACUGGUGGGCAGUUGAUCUUGGAAAUGAGUUUGAUAUUACCGACCUCAAGAUCUACAACCGACAAGACUGUUGUAGUGAUCGUUUGACGAAUUUCUUCAUUUAUAUUUACAAUCCGACUCUAGCAACAUGGGAAGGUUUUGACCAGGAAGGGGUACAACUCUGUUAUCAUUAUGUAGAUACGGCUCCAAGUAUACUCAAUGUUGCCUGCACAUCAAGCAUACGAGGACGAUACGUCAAGAUAACUUAUACAGUGAUAAAUUAUGUAGAUACGGCUCCAAGUAUACUCAAUGUUGCCUGCACAUCAAGCAUACGAGGACGAUACGUCAAGAUAUCUAAGGAACACCGAGAACAUCCAAAAGGAAAUGCACUAAAUUUGUGCGAAGUUGAAAUUUUCAUUGACAAUAAUCCUAAUGAAGGUUCAUACUGCAAGAAGACAAACAGACAAGGCUUUAAAAGUCUUGACAAAAAUAUGAACACAGUGUCACUUACGGAAUGUGUCCUUUUCUGCAGACGAACCGAAAGUUGUCUUGGGUUAAAUAUGACGACAGAUGGCACUUGUUCCCUGUUUGGAGCUAGCAAGGAGGUUUCCAAUGGAGCCAGUGACACUUCUUACUUCGAAAGAUGUUGAUUUGUCAAGCAUUUGUAUUAUAAUGAAUGAAAUGUGUGCAUAUCCUUUUCUGACGUUAAAUAUUUAUUCUAUAUAUUCGAUCUAAUUGAUUUGCAAAUAACAUAAAACAGAGGAAAGAGAUUUUCCUUGUAGAAUAUCAGAUAAGUAAAAAAUCUUUAGGUAGAGAUACAUUGUUGGCAUGAUUUUUUGUUUGUUUAUUAUUUCUUAAUGAAGUUGAAACUAAAUUUUGUGCCAUUGAAACUAUUGCAUUAAAUUGAAUAUAUAUCAGAGACGUAUGGAAAAUUCAUACAUACUGCGGGAAAUGAAAAGGCUCAUCGGAUUUUUGAAAUAUUUGUUUGUAGGAUCAAUCAAUAAAUCCUCAAACUUCACAUAUUUUCAACCCAUGAAUAAUUUCAACUAAUUGAAUAUGCCAUUGAAUAAAAAGAUAUGUAAGCAUAUACGUCAAUAACAGCAAUUAAAAUACAUUUCACUAUAAUUUAGCUUUUUUUUCAAUAAUCUUUCUUUUAUGUUUGAGAUUUGUAAAAUCUAAAACUACUACAGUUAUGAUACAUUUAUUGACAUGUAUGUUAAAAAUAUAACAUAAUUUUGUUAGAACCUGGCAUUACAAGCUGUGAAUAUGAAGAUUCAAGAACGUAAUUGAAAAAUCAAUUGGUAGAACAAAUCCAGUGGAAAAUUACCGUAAACUAUUUUUACUUAAACAAACAGCAAUUAGAAUUUUGCGUAACAAUCAGCAAAGGGAAGGGCAAUCUCAAACAUUCUGUAACAUAAGAUACUAGAUCUCAACAUCUGUCUAAUUUAAAUUCUAAAUUCAAAAAUUUUUCAAGGUUAUCUGAUGAAAUGAAAUUUGUUUGGAUUCUUUCAUCUGAAGAUUUGUUUGUUACUUCAAACUUAUCUAAUUUAUUGCACUCCCUUUUUGAAGAACGAAAGAAACUCUUCGAAAAUAUCAAUGUAGUUUGAGAAAAUAGAGAAAACAAAUAUGUAUGUCAUAAAAUCGAUCAGGAGUUGUCUCCCAUAGACCUAGGACUAUAAAAUUAUGUAAUUUUUCUAGGUCACAGUGGCACCCAAAAUAACUUUAUGUUUUGUCAAUAACAUGGUUUAUAAUCAUGUUACUUUGUUUGAAUGUGUAUUCAUGUUUUUAGUUUAAAUGUACUUUAAUCAUUCUAAUCAUUCUAAUCAUUUACUGUGCUUUAUUUUGUAAUUCAUUUGAUUGUAUAGCUCAAAUUUUGGGCACCAUGAUUGGUUAAUAAAAUUAUCUUAUUUU